GGAGAAGUAUCCCGUGGAUCUCGCCAAAUCCCCAUUCCCCUCCCCUCCAGCAGUCCUCUCUGCUCUAGCCUAGUCGCCUCCCCGUCUCCCAUCCCCCCACCCCGCUGACCCAACCCUAGCGAGCAGAUCGCGUCGCCGCCGAUGGAUCAGGGCUGGGCGAGCUGGUUCGGCGCCGGCGUCACCUCCGCCUUCUUCGCCUCGCUCGAGCGCUGCUCCUGCAUCAACCUCUCCACCGACGACGACGACGACGACGCCGACGCCCUCAUGCUCGCGGCCGCCGCCCCCUCCGACCAGCCCCAGCUCGACGCCGCCCCCGCCCCCGCCGUCGCCGCCGGCAAGGAGGAGGGGCAGGAGCAGGGGCCUCCCCUCCCGCCCGUGUGACCCGCUCCCUCCCCCCAUCCAUCGCUUGCGUACGCCUUACUCCUCCCCCCGUCCGCGUCCUCUGCUCUAGAUCUGGUGAACUGCUGCUCGUCGCUCGUGGCCGACUAAUAAAUCCUGUCGAUUUUUCUGCUGGCCGGCCAUGUUUAAAUUAAUUGAACUAGUAGUAUGUCUCUCUGUGUGUGUGUGUGUGUAUGCCAUUACCAUGCCUGUUGUUUGUGUUCAUGUGAAUAUAUCAUCAUGCCGUCGUGUGGUAAUUCCGUUCGUAGCGGGUCGAUGUGUCGGAUGGAUGAUGGAUCAAUCUCUAUAUAUCUGUUGUUGAA